AUGUGUAUAAGAUUUACAAUCGAUGGCGACAGAUGUGUACGACAGGAGGGUUUGGCAGUAAAAUUCAUAGAUCUCCCUCUGAGAGUGCAAUUGGACCCUUCCAAAUUGUGCAAACUGCUGGCUUUGAGUCGCAUCUGUCCACUUGCUUCCUAUGUCAAUAGUGCUGGAUUAAAAUAUUAUCGACAUCAACAAAGUAGGCAGAAAGUGGCGCAACUUUUCGGUGUGACAUCGUUGCCUAGUUUUGAGUGGCGGAUUUUUGACGACACAGCCAGUUCCGGAUCAGCUCAGCCGAAUAUCGUCAUGAAAGUUGUUAGCCUUCAAUUGCCUUCGGGGCCCAGCAUGGAGCGGUUACCGCUGCCAUUUAGCCCGACGGAACUUCUGUGGCGAUACCCUUUACCUUGGGCACCGCCCCCUCCAUCACCCCUUGGUGACACCAAGGCCCAGCUACCAGCUGGUCUACCACCAGAACCGAGAUUAUGGACCCGUGAAGAUGUUGCCGUUUUCUUAAAAUGGUGCGAGAGGGAAUUUGAUCUACCAAAUUUUGAUAUGGAUCUUUUCCAAAUGAAUGGUAAAGCUCUUUGCCUUUUAACGAAAACUGAUUUAGGAGAACGUUGUCCUGGUGCUGGGGAUGUUUUACACAACGUUCUACAGAUGUUGGUGCGGGACGCUGCUUUGCUCGGAAGAGUUCCUUCCUCCCCCGUUACGCCAACUGCGCGUGCAGCUCCGUACCCACCAUCACCACAUUCUCACCCCCCAACUCCUACAUGGGCGGUUGAUGGAUUCCAUCACUUCCACAGCGCUGCCGCUGCAGCAGCCCAACCUAAUUCUGUGACUUUAAGUCCAGCCCCUUCAGUUGACAGUUCUGGAAGUCCUCAAAGAGGAGAAACUAUGUCUUAUGCUCCUGCUUAUGCACAACCAGUUCCUGUGAGUGCUCAAGCUGUCAGUUCCGGAAGUAACCAUUCUGACUCCGAUGAGGAAGCUCAAUUUUCAGCACCUCGAUCACCAAAGGAAACACCUUUGACCAGUCCGGCGCCGCAAACGCAUGUUGUCCCUCAACAUUCACACUACCGAACACAACAUCGGGAAUUCUUUCCCAAUGAUAUGCCCGAAUCUAACACAAAUGGUAGACUUUUAUGGGACUUUUUGCAACAACUCUUAAAUGACCCCACGCAAAGAUAUACAAACUACAUUGCGUGGAAAAAUAGAGAAACUGGUGUCUUUAAAAUUGUUGACCCCGCCGGACUCGCUAAGCUUUGGGGUAUUCAGAAGAAUCAUCUUUCAAUGAAUUAUGAUAAGAUGUCCCGUGCUCUGCGAUAUUACUAUCGAGUAAAUAUCCUUCGAAAAGUGCAAGGCGAGCGUCAUUGUUACCAAUUUCUAAGAAACCCAACGGAACUCAAAAAUAUUAAAAACAUUUCAUUAUUACGGCAGCAAAUGAGCCCAACGCGAGUGCCUCAACAAGCGGCAGUUAAAACUGAAAUGAAAGAGGAGCGUUGUGAAGACGAUAACGUGGAUGAAGAUAUGCCGACUGACUUAAGUAUGACGGCAUCUGAACCCUGGCGGAAGCGCGCGCGGGCCGACCCCGCCCCCGCGCCUCACGAUAAACAUCGCAUCAGUGCGCUCAUCGGCGACAGUAUGAUGCUCAAACGAGAAUCCGAGUAUAACACUGAGCAUUAUGCUCUCAAUUUAAAAAGUGAAAAAUGUGAACAA